GUUUCUUAUAUGUAGAUAACAUUAUAAAUAAAUAGUGAAUUCAGGAAACGAUUGGUUUUAUGCAUUAACGCAUGUUUAAGAUAAGAUGCAACGUAACAUAUUUCGUACGCUGAAUAUCCAAUUUGUACAAAAACGUUUCUUCAAAAAAGACCAAGUAAGAGUUAGAUUCGCACCCAGUCCAACUGGAUUAUUGCACUUAGGAGGUCUGAGAACUGCUUUAUAUAAUUACUUAUUUGCACGGGCUAAUAAUGGCACAUUUAUCUUACGAAUCGAAGAUACAGACCAAAGUAGAUGUAUACCUGAUGCAAUGGAAAAGCUUCAGAAGGAUUUACUAUGGUCUGGAAUUAUACCUGAUGAGGAUCCAAUAAGAGGUGGGCCUGCUGGGCCCUACAUGCAAUCAAAACGGCUUGAUUUAUACAAAGAGCACGUACACAAACUUUUAAGUAAUGAAUCUGCAUAUUACUGUUUCUGCACAGAAAGCAGACUGCAGUUAUUGCGAAGGGAAGCUAUGAAGUGUAGACAGAUACCUAAGUAUGAUAACAGAUGUCGACAUUUCAGUAAUGAUGAAGUGAAAGAGAAGCUCAAUAAUGGACAACCAUACUGUAUCAGAUUUAAAUUAUCUUCUGUGCCUGAAGGCUUCGAUGAUAUGAUAUAUGGUAAAAUAGUCCAUGAUAUUGCACAAACCGAAGGAGAUCCAAUUAUUAUUAAAUCAGACGGUUAUCCAACUUAUCAUUUUGCAAAUGUUGUCGACGAUCAUUUUAUGGAGAUAACCCAUGUCUUGCGAGGAAUCGAAUGGCAGAUAUCUACGCCUAAACACCUAAUGAUGUACAAAGCAUUUAAUUGGAUACCUCCAAAGUAUGGACAUUUACCUUUAAUAUUAAAUUCUGAUGGAACAAAAUUAUCAAAGAGACAGAACGAUAUACACAUUGAGUUUCUUAGAAAAGAAGGGGUUUUUCCAUUGGCAGUCAUAAAUUAUGUUAUACAUGCUGGUGGUGGCUUCGACAAUAAAGGAGGUCGUGUAUAUAUUCACAGCUAUGAAGAAUUGAUUAAACAAUUCAAUAUCUCGGAUAUAAAAACAAGCUCUAACAAACUUAUGCCUGAAAAGUUGUUACACUUUAAUAAAUUAGAAAUUUCAAAAUUACUGACAAACGAGAGGAAUAACAGAUUCUUUGUUCAAAGAAUUGAAAAACUAGUCACAGAUGCAUUCCCAGACAGGAAAACUGAUGGAAGCUUACAAUUAGACGAGCAUCAUAUACUUUCAAUAUUGAAGUGGGGAUGUGCUAGAAUAUCUAAAUUAAGUGACCUUGUGUCUCCACAGUUAGCUUUUUUAUGGACAAUACCAUUAACUACACCCAAUGUCACAGAAUUAGGAUGCCUAGAUGUGUUGAAAAUAUUAAGCAUGAAAUUAAUCGAAAUCGACAUACAGAAUUUUAACAAGGCAUGGAUUAAUAGUUACCUUUAUGAGUUAGCUGAGGAACAUGAAAUUCCAAUUCCAACACUGAUGAAUGUUUUACGUGAUAUUCUUAGCGGUUUAAAGGAGGGUCCACCCGUAGCCGAGAUGAUCGAAAUUCUUGGAAAAGACAGUACACUGCUAAGGAUAAACCGUUGUAUUUCUUACAGAGAACCCUGUGAUCCAAUACAUUUGUAA